AUGAUCACUGACGAGAAUCGCGACACAGAGUUCCCCGGCGUGGUUGUAAAACCAGUGGGCAACUUCCGAUCGCAGGCCGAGUUCACGUUCCAGACCCUCCGCUGCAACGUUGACCGUCUCAAGCUGAUCCAGCUGGGCAUCACCUUCACUGACGAGCACGGAAACACACCAAAAGACGUGUGCACAUGGCAGUUUAACUUCAAGUUCAGCCUAUCAGAGGAUACAUACGCACAGGAUUCGAUCGACUUGUUGACACGCUCUGGCAUCAAUUUCAUGCGGUUUGAAGCCGACGGCAUUGAUGUCCACCACUUUGCCGAGUUGCUCAUUCCCUCUGGCAUCGUGCUGAACGAUCAAAUCAAAUGGAUUUCCUUCCACAGUGGAUACGACUUUGCAUACUUGCUCAAGGUUCUAACGUGCACCGCGCUGCCAACGGAAGAAUCAGACUUUUUCUCCUUGUUGUACUUGUACUUCCCCUGCAUUUAUGACAUCAAGUUCAUGAUGCGAAGCUGCAAGCACUUGAAGGGCGGCCUGCAAGACGUCAGCGACGACCUGGAGGUGGAGCGAUACGGCCCUCAACACCAAGCGGGCAGCGACAGCAUGCUGACCGCGUUCGCCUUCUUCAAGAUGCGACAGCUCUUCUUUGAGGACAACAUUGACGACUCCAAGUUCCAAGGCCACAUUUACGGUCUCGGCACAUCCUACCUCAGCAAGUUGGAAGGGCCAGCAUCAAGCGCCACCACGCCCGCCACCAGCGGAGCCCCAUACUCACCUUCAACCACCCCUGGAGCAGGCAGCAACGGCACCUACGCCGCCAGCAGUGCUCCCGGCACACCACCCAGCAACUACGGCCUCAACGGCGGUGCCAAGCCGUUCAGUAACGCCGUCCCUCAGUCUCCAAGCACGGUCAUGGCCAACAAUGUCGUGAAUGCACGAAAGUACUAAAAACUGGGCGAGUUUUCAAGAUGCACACAUGUGUCUGCUGUCUGGGCUCUCCUCAGUUUUUUUGCUUCUCCCACCCCUCCCGUUGAAUGAUGUCCUUGUUGCUUCUUGUUCUGGUCUGCUGUGCGUUUACAUGUAAGACCUUUUUGUUCGUUUGGGUUUCUUUUUGUCGACUUUUUGUGAUCUGGAUGCCAUUGACUCUUAUUUUCAAACAAAAAAAAGAAGAAAACGUUGAAAGAUA